CACGCACACACUCUGGCUGUGCUUUUGUGUUUUGUCAGAAUUAAUGAGAAAAGUUCCCGUGCCCUGCGGGGGAAUCUGAGGGGCCCUGGGAAAUGCAGCCUUCACUCUGCUGAGGCGAGCGCGGCCGGCGUGGAGGGAGAAGCGCGCGGCUGCGGCUCCGGCUCCGGCCCGGCCCGGGCAGCGGCUGCUCGCGCGGCUCCGGCCAUCUCAGCCCGGCGGCGGUCGCGCCCCCGGGCCGCGCCGCGCCCUCCCUGCCUCCCCGCCUCCCCUUGCACUCCCUGCCCGCGGGGCUGCUCUCCCGGCGCCGGUCGGUCCGUCCCGGUCGGCGGCUGCGGCUCGCGGGGCGCGGAGCCCGCGCAGGCGGCCAGCGGCAGGAGUCCGAGCCGCGCGUUCCUCUGCGUCCUGCCCGUGCCCAGCUGGAGCGGCCGGGGGCUAUGGUGUUGGACCAGGAGGACGUUCGUAGUUCCUUGCAAUUCUGAGGCACAAAAGUAGGUGAGACUGCUUUUGUAUCCGUGAAGUGCUUCACUCCUGAAUGUAAUUCUAGCUGAGUGCAAUCUAGGUUAAGAGCCGGACAAGCGGGUAAUUAGAGCCCGCUCGCUGCUCGAGGACCGGCCGCCCCGCCGAAGCGCGUCCCGAGUCGGCGCCCUUCUCCCAGCCGAGCCGAGCUGCGGCUGGACACGGAGCGCCCGAGAUGAUGGUGCUGGACAAGGAGGACGGCGUGCCGAUGCUCUCCGUCCAGCCCAAAGGGAAGCAGAAGGGCUGUGCAGGUUGUAACCGCAAGAUCAAAGACCGCUACCUGCUGAAGGCGCUGGACAAGUACUGGCACGAAGACUGCCUCAAGUGUGCCUGCUGUGACUGCCGCCUGGGCGAGGUGGGCUCCACCCUCUAUACCAAGGCCAAUCUCAUCCUGUGCCGACGCGACUACCUAAGGCUCUUUGGCACCACAGGAAACUGCGCUGCUUGCAGCAAGCUGAUCCCAGCUUUUGAGAUGGUGAUGCGAGCCCGGGACAAUGUGUAUCACCUUGACUGCUUCGCCUGCCAGCUCUGCAACCAGAGAUUUUGUGUGGGAGACAAAUUCUUCCUGAAGAACAACAUGAUCUUGUGUCAGAUGGACUAUGAGGAGGGGCAGCUCAAUGGCACCUUUGAAUCCCAGGUUCAGUAACACCCAGCGCCUGGCCCCCUGGCCACCCGCCCAGCUGGCCAUGCUCCUGCCAUGGUAGAUCUUCUCCGUCCUCGAUGGGAGGGACAGCCCUUCUUCCAACACUGCUGCCCGUCUGUGUGUGACCCCUCCUGGGGCCAGGCUGGGCCUGUACAGUCUGUCUUCUGUAUAUAAAUGGGAACAUUUAUUUUAUGAGAAAUGUAAUGCGAUUUUAUUACUGGCGUGGAUUAAACUUAUGAAUGUUUCUGGG